CAUUUUACUGCGAAUAGCUGCAGGGCUUUUUCAGGCCUCUCAUGUCGUUCUUGUAGCCUCGCUUCACUGCUUGAAUGAGCAUUUUAUUAACCUCAGUGACUUGGAACUAACGGUUUGAUUGGAGGUCGUUUGUCGUUUCCAACCUCUUUCACGUCACUGAGUGUCAUCAUGUCUGCUCCCGCUUCCCAAGGCCCUCGUAAGAAGGUUGUGCACCAGCUUGAUACCCCUUUCUCUACUGUCUCAUGGCCCUCGAUCUUGACAGAAGAUCAAGACACUAUCCUCGAAUUGUUAUGCGACCUCUUGAGCCCCAUUGGACAGCAUCGCCAGACACACAUCAAGAGAUCCAAGGGGAAGCGUUCAGCACAAAAGGAGAAAGAUGCCAAAAAGACAGGCCAUGCUUCAGAACAACCUCCUGUGCCACCAAUGCCUGAUAUAGAAGCCAGCAUCGAUGUCGGUCUUAACUCUAUUACUCGAAAUCUGCAGUUGUGUUCGCGGAAAGACACCGAAUCAAUGGAAGACGAACCUAACCGGCAGUAUUCCAUGGUCUUUGUAGCGCGGGGCGAUCAAGCCUCAACAUUCAACUGCCAUUUCCCACAGAUGAUUGGAGCGGCGUCUAGGAAUGUUAGUUCUGAAAGGAAGAUUCGUCUGGUGGGUAUCUCUAAACCAUGCUCUGAACGCUUAAGUUCUUGUCUUGGAGUGCCAAGGGUAUCAUCCAUAGCUAUUCGCAUGGAUGCCCCAGGAGCUGCAGCUUUGCAGGAGUUUGUUAUGAAGAAAGUCGCGCCAGUAGAAGCCUCGUGGCUUGAUGUGUCUUCGGAUACGCAAUAUCUUGCCCCAAAGAUUAAUGCUGUAGAAACGACGGUGGGGCCUAAACGAGUGCGUGUUGAAUAGAUAGAGAGAUCGAUAGCCUAAGCAGGGGGGUAUGCAUGUAUCCUAUAGAACUUCGGAUCAUCUUAUUAGCCUAUCAGCUGUUUGUUGAACGGUAUUGGUAGCUGCAUACACUUUGCAAAGGUCUUUCAAACGCCAAGAUUAUCCCUGGAUACCUAAGCAGAGUACAAACCGACAUUGGAAUACACGAAGG